CCCCGCUCUUCCCAUCCGGGGUCACGGCGGUCUUCCGGGUGUUUCCGAAUGCUCUUUCUACGCCGCUUUUGGGGCGACUUUUCGGUCUUCCGCCUCUAGCCACCGCCCUCAACCUCCCACACCCUUGCCGGCCCUGCCUUUCCUCGCGUCUCUCCGCCCAGGCCGCCGAGUUCAGGUGUAGAACGCAAUCCGCGUUCGGAGCCAGGCCUCGCCACUCCGCGGGCCGCUGCCUCUCGGCUCCGGCGAAAGCUACCACCGGGCGCGUGGGCCGCCGCCGCUCCUGCCGUGGAGCUCCUGGGCGGGCAGUGCCGAUAGGCCCUGCCCCAAGGACACCUGUGGAAGAAUACAUGUUCACUUUUAGUGAACAAGAGCAUGUUCCCAAACUCAAUUUUGGGUCGCCCACCUUUCACUCCAAACCAUCAACAACAUAACUUCUUUGCCCUAUCACCAACUCUUUAUUCACACCAGCAGCUUAUAGAUGCACAGUUCAACUUUCAGAAUGCAGACUUAUCUAGAGCUGUGUCAUUACAGCAGUUGACAUAUGGAAAUGUCAGUCCAAUUUCCCCAUUAUUUCGAGGAAGGAAGAGAUUAAGCGAUGAAAAAAACCUUCCUCUUGACGGUAAACGGCAACGUUUCCAUUCACCCCACCAAGAGCCAACUAUAAUUAACCACCUAGUGCCUUUAUCAGGUGAUAGAAGAUACUCAAUGCCUCCGUUGUUUCAUACAAACUAUGUACCAGAUAUAGUCAGAUGUGUUCCACCUUUUCGAGAAAUACCAAUUUUAGAACCUAGAGAAAUCACACUGCCUGAGGCCAAAGAUAAGUUGAGUCAGCAGAUACUGGAGUUAUUUGAAGCAUGUCAGCAGCAAGUAAGUGAUUUAAAGAAGAAAGAACUUUGUAGAGCACAACUGCAGAGAGAAAUUCAGCUAUUAUUUCCACAAAGCAGACUUUUUUUGGUUGGGUCCUCUUUAAAUGGAUUUGGUACCCGGAGCAGUGAUGGUGAUUUAUGUCUAGUUGUUAAAGACGAACCAUGUUUUUUUCAGGUAAAUCAGAAGACUGAAGCACGGCAUAUACUCACCUUAGUCCAUAAACACUUCUGUACUAGACUUUCUGGCUACAUUGAGAGACCUCAGCUGAUUCGAGCAAAAGUGCCAAUUGUGAAGUUCAGGGAUAAAGUCAGUUGUGUGGAAUUCGACUUGAAUGUAAACAAUAUUGUUGGAAUAAGAAACACAUUCCUUCUCCGAACUUAUGCAUAUCUUGAAAAUCGAGUUCGUCCAUUAGUACUGGUGAUUAAGAAGUGGGCAAGUCACCAUGAUAUAAAUGAUGCCAGUCGUGGUACUUUAAGCAGCUAUAGUCUUGUAUUGAUGGUUUUGCACUACUUACAAACCCUACCUGAACCCAUCCUUCCAUCCAUCCAAAAAAUAUACCCAGAAUCUUUUAGUCCUGCUAUACAACUGCACCUUGUACAUCAAGUUCCAUGUAAUGUUCCUCCUUACCUCUCAAAGAAUGAAUCAAAUCUUGGGGACCUCUUACUGGGCUUUCUUAAGUAUUAUGCUACGGAAUUUGACUGGAACAGUCAAAUGAUUUCAGUUCGUGAAGCCAAAGCCAUUCCCAGGCCUGAUGGUAUUGAAUGGAGAAAUAAAUACAUCUGUGUAGAAGAACCUUUUGAUGGAACAAAUACUGCCAGAGCUGUACAUGAAAAGCAGAAGUUUGACAUGAUAAAGGAUCAAUUUUUAAAGUCAUGGCACAGAUUGAGAAACAAAAAAGAUUUGAACAGUAUACUACCUUUAAGAGCUGCUGUCCUGAAAAGAUGACUGGCCUCUAUUACUUAAUAAAUUCUUCUGAUAAAUAAAGAACAAUAGUAAUACCAUAAUGCAUUUUGUUUACCUCCAUCAUAGUUUCUUUUCAUUGUUCUUGUUUUCAUGUUUUAUUUUUAAGAGGACAUACUUAUAUAAAGAUUGCAUAUUUUAUUAUAACAUUUCCUAAUAAAACCCUUUGAUUUAGAGAUGUAUUUUUGAAAAUGUUUACAUUGAUGAUUAGUGAUAUUAUGGCAUGAAUUUUCAGGUGAUCAGAUAAAAUAUUUUUGGGGAGACUAUCUGAACAAAUAAAAGGUUUUUGAUAUAACUUCAGUUAAUUGUACCACAUGCUAAUACUGAAAAGAUUUGUGGAAUUUUGGAAGUAUAAUCUUCAGUAGAUAGUUUAUUGCCUGUCUGGUCUAGUAAAGUGAAGAGUCAAGUCAGUUAUUCAGUUACUUGAAGCAAAAUGAAAUCUUUUAUUUCAAUGAAAUCACUGCAGAGGCAUAUGAAAUACUGGACAGUUGCCUUAAGUCUUCGCUUGAUUCCAGGAUAGAGGCUGUACAUGUGUUUGUAUUAGCAUUUCAUUAGUACCUCAGAUGCUUUUGAUGUACUCGAGAUUGCUUUCAAUUUUUUGUGACAACAGUACAUUUUGCACUGUAGUAAUAUGAGCGCUAACUCUGUAUUGAACAGCAGUUAGUGAAUUGUUUUUAAAAAAUCAAUUCGUUGUAGACAUUUUGAAAAGAUCAAGUCCCUUAUGCUUUAUAGUAGCUUAGUGCAAUAUGCAUUUUAGCUUUACUUCCCAUUUUGUGCUUUUAUUUUCCAUGAAACAACAGAAACUGAAAGGUCAAAGUUGAGAUUAUAACCUAUUGAUCAUAUCAGAUUUUUUUCCGUGUGCAAUUAUAGGAUUGUAAUCAACUGGAAUUUUUAGGCAGUAAGUCCCUAAUAAAAUGUUUUAGGGUAAGACAUAAAAUCAUUAUAAAUAAAAGCUUAAUGUUUGUAAAGAUACUUUUUUAGUGUUUCUUUUCCACAUGAAGAAGUAUUGGUGGCUGCUGAAAAAGCUACAGUGUUUAUUAAGGUUGUUUGGGGUUGUGUAAAUAUUUGUAAAGUGGUUAAUGCCUGUACAUUUAAAUAUGAAAAGUAAUCUUGGAAAUAGUUUUAACUUUUUCAAAAGGACUCUGUACAACUUCUUUUAGACCUGCUGUAGCACAGUUUGUACCUCUAAUAUAUUUGGGGGUUUUGUUUUUUGUUUUGUUUUUUGCAAACCAAUCCAAAUGCUAAGACUUGCUUUUCUUUGACUUGUAAAAGGUGCAUAUUUUCAUUUUCUUCUUUAUGUUUAAAAUUUUGUAUUAUGUCAAAUGCAAUAAAGUUUAUAUAUGGAAAUUGUU